AGAGAAGUAGUGUAAAUAUGGCGUCACAAGAGGACGAUAACAUAAUAGAGUGUAACAGUAAUACAGACAUAAACAUAGAGCAUGAUAAAAACUUCUUAAACGUUUACAAGGUGAAGAACACAGUUAUAGUGCUUCUAGUUCAUUAGAUUAUAUAAUUUUCGCAUGUUUAUUGUGCCUACAAGUGUGUAGUUUGUUUCGCAUGUCCGCCAUGUUCCAUCAGUAGUAAAGAAAAUUUCAGAAUCUGGGCAUCUUUGUAACGCAAACCACAAAAAUUUCGUUAAGUGAAGUUUCGGUUUCUUUAUGUAGACUGAGUUUGGAUCCAGUGCUGCAAUUCAUCUGUCAUCUUGGUACCCUCCAACUCGAAUUCGAAACAAUUAUAUGUAGUUGUUUGUUUUAAUUGCUUAGUCCUAUACUACAUCAAGAUGAAUCACAUCGUAAAAAUAGGAGGACUCAAUUUUAUGGCACCCUUUAAAAAAUAUGAGAAUAUUUUAAAAAAUAAAUCAGGAAAUUACGUAGGCAAAGUAAACUCCCUUAUCGACGUUUGGAAAUCUUUCUAUGAAAUAACAAAGAAACCUUUCGAUAUCCAACAAGUACUAGAAAUUCUAGAUUGGGCUAAACUGCAUACGCUAGAACUAGUCCUCACUGCAGAUUGGAGAACAUGCGAAGAUGUUUACAAAGAACAGUUGUUGUCUUAUAUUCACCAUUCCGAAAAAAAUCUAUUUAGAAAGAACCAAGUUCUAGGACAAAGAUGUAAACAAUUGCUAGACGUAGCCAAAGAUCCCUGGGACGAUCCUGUGUUAAACAGACUCAUGAAUGAAGAUGUUACAAUCGGACCACAAGAAAUUGCGUUUUUCUGCAAAGAGAGUGCAUAUUUAAUAUCUGUGCGCUUAAGUAAAUUGUGCGAAUAUGAAUGCAAAGAUUUAGCGCUUAGGUUAGUCACAUCCUUUAUGGAGUGUCAUAAAAAAGAAAGUUCUGAAAACUUCAAUCUUAAUGCUACAGAAAAUCAGAUAUGGUUUUUGUUCGAUCUUCGGUUGGCCUUGUUGCAUCAAUUAAGACACAACACCAAAGUUGUAAGAAUGAUAAAAGAAUUGACUUUUGAUAACGGACUGAGGCUAGUGCAGAGAUUUACGAAAAAACGAGUAAGAAUCGCAAAGAUUUGGAAGUACAAUAAAACUAUUGCUCAUGUGGCUUGUCAAGUGUAUCUUACACGAGCUCUAACACAAUGUAAUGCGAACCAGACCGAAGAAUUAAAAGACUUUAUAAAAUCCUUUUUGGAACAAUUAGUUAUCCAUUCAAUGGAAGAUGAACUGGAAACGAAUUUUGCCGAAAAUAUGGCCAAAUUAAACAUUUUUGAUUGUAAAGGCCCCCUUGCUCUAUUGCUUGUGUGAAUAUCUUCAAAGCUUUCAGGAUAAAUUGAAAGAAGUGCCUGUGGAAAAAUUGAAUCCUUGUAUAAUACAGAUGUAUAUAAGAGCACUUACAUUUGACAUGAACGAAUUAGAAAAACACAAAACAGAAAAAAAUGAGGAAAUGACUACAGAAGCAAGUUCUCGUCUAGCCACAGGUUACUGUAAAUUAGGUACUUUCCUGACAGCAUAUUAUCUAGUAGAACGAGAAUGUGUUCUAACUGCCUUCAGUGUGCAGCCAACAAAGGAACGUUUGACCCAUAUUGAAGAGCUAGCCAGAAAAAGUGGAUAUACAGUUUAUAAUAUCGAACAUAAUUGGAAAUGUAGGUUGCAUCCUCCAGUUUUACCAUGUGAUCAACUUCUCUGGAGAUGUUCUCAAUGUGGCGAAUGGGCUUGCUGUAAGCAAGAAUUAACAGAACCAACAGUACGAUUAAAUAUAAGUUUAGAUGAAGCUUUACAAAACUCGAUCUUGGGAAUAUCUGAAGAUUUAAUCGUGGAUUUAGUUGUAUGUUUAUCCCAUCCUAGGUAUCAGCUAAUGAGCUGGAAACUUCCGUGGCAGGAGCUACACCGCCUUUGUAUUAUGUACUUGCACGAUCCAGAAGCAACAAAGAACUUUGUUACAGAACUGAAAUACCUGGAGAUUGAUUAUUCCUUAUUUCAAAGAGAUAUUAAACGCGAGCCUGGUAUAUUAGAACAAGAAAUGGAAGAUAGAUAUGAGCAGUGUUUAGAACAAAAUAAAUACCAUGAAAGUGACAGUAGCGAUAAUGAACCAUCAACAUCACGAGUUUCUCAUCCAUUACGUGUUGGUAACAGUGGCUCUGAAAAUUAUUUUAAAAAUUAUGCCAGAUCUGAUCCUACCACCCUUAAACGCCUUAGAAGUUUUAGACUUAAUUGUAAAAAACCACGGGAAAAAGAGCCGUCAAUACAAAUUAGCGAAGAUGUAUUAGCUAUUUUUCCGGAAGUAAAAUCAGUUGAAAUCAGUAAACAGUCAAAAAACGUGAAGACCACGUUGUCCAAACUUGGUGGGCAAACGGAGGUCAAGGAAUUCCAAGUAAGCCAAUCUACAAAGGAAUCGGUUCCGAAUUCACCCUCACUGGAAACAGUAAUAGACAUUUCAGUGAAUCCCGAUCAGUCCACCCCUCCACAAAUAGUGAGCAAACCAGCCUCUCUGGAAAAAGUAAUAGACACUUCAGUGAAUCCCAAUCACCCUACUACUUCACAAAUAGUGAGCAAACCAGCCUCACUGGAAAAAGUAAUAGACACUUCAGUGAAUCCACCUCAAUCCAAUCCUUCACAAAUAGUGAGCAAACCAGCCUCACUGGAAAAAGUAAUAAACACUUCAGUGAAUCCACCUCAAUCCAAUCCUUCACAAAUAGUGAGCAAACCAGCCUCACUGGAAAAAAGUAAUAGACACUUCAGUGAAUCCACCUCAAUCCAAUCCUUCACAAAUAGUGAGCAAACCAGCCUCACUGGAAAAAGUAAUAGACACAUCAGUGAAUCCACCUCAAUCCAAUCCUUCACAAAUAGUGAGCAAACCAGCCUCACUGGAAAAAGUAAUAGACACUUCAGUGAAUCCACCUCAAUCCAAUCCUUCACAAAUAGUGAGCAAACCAGAGAAUUUGCAGAGCGAACCUCUGCAUCAGAUUCCAGUUAUGGAGAAAAUACUGUUUGUAAAGAUACAGCCACUAAAUAUUUCACAAAUGCAAAAUUCAAUCCAAACACCCAAAUUGGUUCCGAAUUCCAAUCCACCCUCACCGAAGGUAGUACUAGACCCAAAAUACUUCACCCGUUCACAAAAAGUGGGACAUUUUGUAGGAAAUUUGCCGAGCAGACCUCUACAUCAGACACCAUCUAUGGAGAAAAUACUGUUUGUAAAAAUCGAGCGACUAAACAUUUCACAAAUGCAAAGGUUAAACAGGAGAACAGAAGCAAAAACUACAGGACAUAUUGUCAUCCCCGAGAAACAAUUAGCGGAAAAGGAAAGCUCGAAACGAAUGAAAACAUCAACAACACACUCCCUUGUUUCUCCAAAGAGAGACACAAUAACGAUAGGGAAACGUCGAGCCUUGGUCAACAAUCCAAUUCAGAAAAUAAAUUCUUCGACGACAGUUCAGAAAGAACUAUCACCUUGUACGAAUCAGGAGCCUUUAACACAACUGCAGAAUGUGGAUCACCAGGAGGGAAACUCAGCGAAUAUACAACAAGAACGAUCCACGAUCCCUACCCCCAUCUCGAAUACAAACCUUUCCCAGGUUCACCAUUCACAGGCCAUGGGCCUACAAAAGCCAACAAUCAAAGUGUCUUCGGAUACCAUCGGUUCUUAUCACCACGUGUACGAGAAUCGCCUACAGAUCAACUAUAUGGACCAAUCAUGCUCUUUAGAUCAAACGAACCGGAAAAACCAGAUGAACGUUUUAUUGCCCAAAAACUCAUGGAACUCGCAGAGAGCACAAGAUUCUUCCGCCCUUCACAUUUCCGACAAGACAGCAAAUGCCAAAACCAACCUAAUCACACAGAAGACUUGUAAAGAAAAUCUAGAAAAAACCCAGAAAUCUCAGGAACCAGUGGCAGAACUUAUAAGCGAAAUGGCAGUUCCAAUAUAUCGAACUUACUCAAGGAAACACAAAAAGAGCAAAACGUUAUCAAUCGAUUUGCCAAAGAAACCGGAUUUACCAAUAACUGCAAUUUCAAUGAUCGAUUUGAUAAACGACAAGGAAACAGUAACAUCUACAUCUUGUCAGAAACUGGAUUCAGAAACAGAAGUAACAGCAUCUUGUCAGACACCAUAUUAUUCCAACUUAGAUAUGUCAAACCAAAGUAACCCACAUGCUUAUGAUGACACACAUAGGCAAAAUAUUCUCAAUAAAAUAUAUGAUGGCCAUUUAAAACAUAAAAGUUACAAAAAUACAAAUGCCCCUUGGAGGUUUGACUUAGAUCCUACACCAAUUAUCAACGAAAAAACUGACGAGCGCAUUGUUGCUGCAAACAGUCCUGAACGGACUAAUAGUUCUGACACGACUGCACCACCUAGUUCAAACAUUCCGAGAAGUAUGCCUUCAACUCCUGUCCAAAGAUCAUAUGUACAAUCAGUUUUAUCACAAAUUCCAGGAUUAAACGACUAUCAAAUGAUACAGCCUUCAGAUGUUGACCAAAUAAUUAAUGUCGUUCAAAUUUCUGGAGGAAGAUCAGCACAAAGUGUAUCAAUUCCGAAUUCUCAAACAAGCACGCAAGUUACUCCACAUAUACAGCGGAUUGGUCAGCCAAGGAUUAGCGAUCAGAAAUACGAAUCCACUGUAACAACUAACACUACUUCUUCAUCUACAACCAGAUCAUCUCCCCUGAUCAACAUAUUGUCACAACAAAUAAUUCGCCCUGCAAAUACCCCUAGUAACAAUGGUCGUCGGCAACCACCAGUAAUUAAUAUCUUGUCACAGCAGAUAAUACGACCUCCUGAUACAGUCACAACCAGAGCAACAGCCAAUACUACAAAUAGUUGUUCGACGACGGAGGCCAUUGAGGUAAGGUUGUAUUUAAUUUUGCAUGCUAAUAACAUGGCUACUAACUGGUUUUGGUAUGAGCUUAAUAGAGAAUUUAAAUGAUUGACACUUGGGUAUAUGGGGUAGUCCGUUUUUACAACAACAAUAUGCCAUUUUAGAUUAAUAUUUAUAAUAAUUGAGGUAGUAAUGUGAAUUGUUUCACAAAGUAUUUAAUUUUGGUUGUUUCUGUUCACAUCUAUAUUAUUUUCUCUUCAUAUAUUAUUUUUAUAGAAUCAGUUUAACACAUUUUAAUAAUUGAGCUAAUAAAUGUAUGUAUAUAGUGAAGAUUUACUAAAUUUCUUCUCACGGCAUUUUUUUCGGUAUACUUUCUUUCUAACAGAUGUACAAAAUAGCGACAAAAAAUUGUAUGUCCGUGGUUAUUUUUCAAAGAAAAUUUAGAUAUUGAUCAUUUAUAUACAGUGUAGAAACAGUGUGAUAAAAUUAUUUCUGUCCUUGUUUUAAACAUAAAAAACUCCAGACUCGAGACCCAUCGACUUUUAUACGGGUGUCCCAUAAUUAAUUGGACACUAGCUAAUGGGUGAUAGCUGACAUCAAAAUAAAGCGUUUGAGCUUAAAUUGCUUAGGCAAAAUGUUAAUAGUUUUCGUUCUACAGGGUAAUUCAUUAAUAUUGUUUUAUAUUAUUUUUAGGGAUAUAUUGAUAACUAUUCAACCGAUAUUUGGUAUCUUGCUAUUAUUUAGUAUCCUUAAGAGCGUAGGCGCAAAAUUGCGGGCCAAUGCUUUUUAAAUGCAUUCAUUUUUUUCGAAUCCUGAGAAAAUUAACAAUUUUGAAAAAUUUAAACAGAAUGAAAGAUUACAUUGUUACCGAGGGACGAAAGUACCUUAGAAUAAAUAAAAAGCUUUUUUGAAUGAGAUAUUUGAAAUUAAAAAUCACACUAAAUUUUCUCUUUUUUUUCACCCCUGUAAACUAUUAAAAUAAACAUUAUAGAAGUUUCCAGAGACUUUCGGCCCUCGGUAAUAAUGUCUUUCUUUUUUAAAAUCUUUUAAAAUUAUUUAUUAGUUUUCUCAGGAUUCGAAAAAAAUGAAUGCAUUGGCCCGAAAUUUUGAGCCUACGCUCUUAAUAUGAAAAAUGAUAUUAGGUUUUAACAUUGGUUCAUUAAUGUGGCCAUAAUUUUUUUGUCUGCCCUGUAAAACAUUAUAGAAAAAAAAACAUGAAAUAACAUUCAAUUCUACACAAAAAAGGUAUUGUUUCAAAUAAAAAAAGUACACUGUUUUCGAAAUAAACGUAUUUUUUAGAGACGUGCAUAAAAUGAAAAAAAUUUACAAAAACUUAUGUAAAUUCAAACAUUAUUUAAAAGGUCUAUGAAUAUUAAAUGUAUUAAAAGUUUUUAUAUUUAUGUAUUAUGUAUGUAUUUUUUAAAUUUUUGCAAACAAAAUGCAUAUGAUUGAAACAGUUAUUUUUAUUAAACCUUUUACACAGUGCAAAUUAAAAAAAAAUCAGAAAUUAAAUUAAACAAUGAAGUGAAUAUAAAACCAGUGACAAAGUCAAUAAUUCAAAACGAAACG